CGAGGGCCGGGCCUCGUUCUCUAGAAGUCAAAGCACUGGAUCCCAGAACUCAGUUCUCUGUGGCUUCUCUGUGUCCGAGCCUCCGCAGCGAGCUCCCUAGUGGCUCACAGCCCGGGCCGCUCUCCACGCGCCAAGUGCCUUCCCCGGCCAUGUCGUCCUGCAGCCGCGUGGCGCUGGUGACCGGGGCCAACAAAGGCAUCGGCUUCGCCAUCGCGCGCGACCUGUGCCGGCAAUUUUCGGGGGACGUGGUGCUCACGGCGCGGGACGCGGCGCGGGGCCGGGCAGCCGUGCAGCAGCUCCAGGCCGAGGGCCUGAGCCCCCGCUUCCACCUGCUGGACAUCGACGACCUGCAGAGCGUCCGCGCCCUGCGCGACUUCCUGCGCAAGGAGUACGGGGGCCUCAACGUGCUGGUCAACAACGCGGGCAUAGCCUUCCAGCCUGAUGAUCCAACACCCUUUGACAUUCGAGCUGAGAUAACACUGAAGACAAACUUUUUUGCCACAAGGAAUGUCUGCAUAGAAUUACUGCCAAUAAUAAAGCCUCAUGGCAGGGUGGUGAAUAUCAGCAGUUUAGAGGGCUCCAAAGCUCUUGAAAAUUGCAGCCCAGAUCUACAGAAGAAGUUCCGAUGCGAGACGCUCACAGAAGGGGACCUGGUGGACCUCAUGAAAAAGUUUGUGGAGGAUGCAAACAAUGAAGUGCACGAGAGGGAAGGCUGGCCCAACUCGGCUUAUGGGGUGUCCAAGCUGGGGGUCACGGUCUUAUCAAGGAUCUUGGCCCGGCGUCUGGAUGAGAAGAGAAAAGCGGACAGGAUUCUGCUGAACGCUUGCUGCCCGGGGUGGGUAAAAACGGACCUGGGUGGGCCUUGCGGCCCCAGGACUGUGGAGGAGGGAGCUGAGACCCCUGUCUACUUGGCCCUCCUGCCUCCAGAUGCUACCGAGCCUCAUGGCCAGCUGGUCCAUGACAAAGUCGUCCAAAACUGGUGAAUGUCUGCUUUGGUGCUUAAUGCUUAAUAAACGUUUGUGGAGUGAAUGAGUGAA